UUUUUGAAAUAACAUUAAAUGUUUAAGGUUCCCUAUUGGGUGAUAAAACACGGAUGACCGAGUUGUCCAGAGACAUGAAUGCGUACAUCAGACCGUCUCCAACCAGAGGGACACUGGGAGGUGUGACAAGGACCACAAAUGAAGCCAUUCUGCUGUGCGAGGGAGGAGGCUACAACGUUGUUCUUGUGGAAACAGUGGGUGUGGGACAGUCAGAAUUUGCUGUGGCUGAUAUGGUUGACAUGUUUAUAUUACUGCUACCACCUGCGGGUGGAGAUGAGUUACAGGGUAUCAAACGAGGCAUAAUUGAGAUGGCGGAUCUAGUGGCUAUAAAUAAAGCUGAUGGUGAUUUAGUUGUGCCUGCACGGAGAAUACAGGCAGAAUAUGUUAGUGCCAUGAAGCUACUUCGUAAACGUUCAAAGGUUUGGAGACCAAAGGUAAUGCGCAUCUCUGCCAAAACUGGAGAAGGUAUCUCAGAUAUGUGGGAUAAAAUGACAGAAUUUCGUGACCUCAUGCUCACAAGCGGUGAGUUAAUUGCCAAACGACGGAAACAGCAGAAAGUGUGGAUGUGGAAUCUCAUCCAAGAAAAUAUGUUGGAACAUUUCCGGAGUCACUUGGCAGUCAAGGAUAAGAUUCCACUUCUGGAAGAAAAAGUUCUUAGUGGUGUCUUGUCUCCUGGGCUGGCAGCCGACCUGCUAAUGAAAGCAUUCAGAGAUGGUCUCUAAGCAUCAGAUUCUGCUCUGUUCUUGUUAAGUGCUUUAUGUAAACAUGAACAUUAAAUAUAGUUCUUCAAUGUGUGGAUUCAAAUGUUUUACUACAGCAGACAUUGAUAGAAUAUCUAUCCACUACUCUGCAGAAAAAUACUGUAUGUGCAAAGAUCAUGAUGAAUGCAAACACUUCCUCAGAUUACUAAAGACUGUAUUGAAAAAGGUAUAUUUCCAAGUCUUCUAUUUGUACAUGCUGUAGACCUGUUGGUCAAAAAUAUACGCCUGUCUUGAAAUGUGACUGGUUUUGGGAUGGUGAGACAGAAAGGUUUGUGGUGGUAGAGUUUUGUUCCAAUUAUGGGACCAUCUUAGAGCAGUUUACGCUGGUGCUUUUGGUUCUAAUAUAGUAUCAGCUGUUGCCAGUAUGGAUUGCUUUUUCUUUCCUCACCUUGAGUGACAGCAAGAACAUUGGAACCCCUGGCAGCACCUGACCACAGUCUUAGUUUAAAUAAAUUAUAUGGAUAUAAAUAGAAUUUAGUGGUGUUUGGUCCCUGUUAGGAAGGUAUAGUUAGUUACUGUACACUAGGAGAAUGGAAUUUUAACCAUCUCAGUUUCUAAAUAGAUGUUUUAAUACAAAACCAAAAUUUAGUUAGCCUUUUUUUAAAUGCAGGCAUCAAAUGGAACAAAUGUCAUCCAUGGUGUUAUAGUAGCAAAUAUCUUUAUACUAGCGUAAUGAAUCUCUAGUAAGAAUGGUUUGAGGUUUUUUUAUCUGACUUAAGUUUUUGGGGUUCAAACAAAAGCCCCAGUUGUGUUUGGGUUUGGGUUUUUUUUUUCCUCUCUUUUAGAAGACAUGACUGCUUACAACCAGAAGUACGUUUUUUAUUUCCCUUGAGAGCAAAUCUGGAGGAAGCAUUUUCCUAAGCCAUCAUCAAGAAAGCAGAGCUCAUCUGGUACCUACUAAAUAUGAGAAAAGAGAAAAGUGGAAUAAUGCUGAUUUUUGGAGACCUGACAGAAAACCAGUAAAAUAGCAUAAGGAUUUGUGAGUCUAUUGUUGUUUACAUGAAUUGACUUAAAAAAAAAAGGCAUUAGAACUGAUGAUUUUUAUAGUCUUGAUUUUCUGAACACAUACAUAAAAGGUAUGGUGUCUUUAAUUUUUAGUUUAGUUCAGUUUCACUUGUUUGGCUUUUUAAGAUAUAGAUACGUUUGAGUUCUGGCAGCCUCAGUCUGAAUUUUUGAGACAAUUCCAGGGUAGCAAUGAAUUGGUUGACUUUGAUACUCUCUCCCUUUGUUUUUUCACCGGAGUGAUUUUCUUUUUUCUCCUCUCUUCCCCUCAUGCCAGUUGUUACGGUGUGUUCCCAACUAAAUUUACUUUUUCCUGCUGAACUUCUGUGCUUCACAGCUUUGAUUUCUGUGUAGGUAUAAUUUGGCAACUAUCAGAAAAGAUGACUGAUUGUUGAAAAUACUGAGGAUUUUUUACCCUUUGGUUUGUCAAAGUGACACAAAUUAAACAAUGCAGAAGAAACUUCCAUCCUCAGUGCUAGCAUUUCAGUCAUUUUUCCCAUUGGUGGCUGUGUGAUUGUCCAUAUAUUUUUACUUCAAAAAUGUGAAGCAUGACCAGAAAGUAUACGGCAAACUGCAAGGCAAAAUAAAAAUACUUGAUAAUUAAAAGCAAUGAUCCCCAUGUGUAUUUGCAGGGAAAUAUUAACAAAGAGCACUGUGUUCUGUGGGACAUACAGCUGAGGCAUUUAUUUGUUAAGAAAUUUUGCAUCGCUGUAGCUGGUUUCUGCCACAUAAAUUGUCAGAGCUUCAGUGCUCUUACCCCCUUAUUCCUAUUUCUUAGACUUUGCAUCCCAAAUGAGUAAUUUGGGAUUGCUGCAACCAGUUGUGUAGACAUAUGUUCCUUCAAAGAAAGAAUGUUAGGGAGUGGCAGGACAGCGACUUCGUUAGGACCAUGCUGAGUUGUUGCAAAAAAAAAAAUGUAGCAUUUACAGUUUCUUUUCUAUUUAGAAAUGGUCUCUGUUGAACAAGACAGAAAGUGCCCCAAACCAAAAGCGAUAUCUUCUAUCCUUUCAGCUUUAAAAAUUAACUGUAUUUUGAUGGUACCUAGUAGAAGAAAUGAUGGUACCUAGUAGAAGAAAUCACAGUCAGGUGGAAAAUGAUUUAAUGAGAGGAGCCACAUUUUAACUGGUGAGUUCUCAACUUUUUGAUAGUCUGUUUGCUUCAGGUGACAGUUUUUAAGGGGGCCUCAUUUGUGCAUAUGUGUUAGAUCAAACCCUUAUUAUUCUCAUUGCUUUUGUCAGGGGCUGCUGUUUCCUUUGUCUGUUGUACGUGACCUGUCAAGCAAGCGGAAUAGAACCUGCAAUUUUGUUUAACUGACAGUUGCUCAAGCAGAAUAUGUUUUAUCACUGUUUUGGGAUGUUUUCUGGAUGCAAAUCUGUCCCUCCAGUCAAGCCAUGGGCAAUCAUUAUUUUCUUGUUUUGUUGCUUCUUUUAAAGUAUCAUUAGUUUACUAAUGAACUCUUAGAAGAAGACACUACAAUGGCUUAAGCAACUUCUGCUUUUCAUUCAACUGCAUUUUCUUCUUAAAGUAGAGCACUGAAUGAAAAUUACGGAUUCGUUUGUGCCUCAUGCUUCAGUGGACAGAGAAAUAUCCUUAUACUGAGAAGGGUCUUUGGAAAUAGCAAUAGACAAGGGUACCAGCUUUGGUUUUCAGUGAUUCCCCAUCAAACUGAAAAGCUGUACUGUGCAGGCUAUGACCCAAGCCAUAUGUGUGAAAACCAACUUCUUUGUUUUAUAGCUUGUAGAAUUUUGCUGUGACACGUUUUGGAGUCAACCGCCAUUCAAUUAAUUGUGCAAUUUUGUUUAUGGCCUCAUGGGCUGGGGAAAAGCAUUGUCUUCAGAAGGGCUGUGUAGCUUUAGCUGGUAGGCUACAAUUUAGUAAACAAUUCAGUAUUUCCCAAGAUGGGGAAGAUCAUUUCCAGCUCAUCGUUCCUAGCUCUGUGGGAUUAAGGGGGGUAAAAUGCAUUAAAACAUUGUCAUUCAGGUAAAACAGGCUUCUGAAAAAAGAUAGUAAACAAAUCUGUUGAGUAGGAUGUUGACAUAUUCCUAGUUUCUAGAGCUGUCAAGUUACUCUCCUGUUAACAUUUAAAACCACAGCUGCUGCAGAACAUUAUGAGAAAAUAAUACAACUUUAUGAGAAAAUAAUAGCAAGAUUAAGUUUGUAGCUAGAGGUAUGAUAAACGGUUAGACAAAUUGAUACGGGAGGUAAGGAACAAACUUUUCAGGUACACAAACUCUUGGGUCCUACAUAGUCUUGCAGUUGGAUUUAAGUGUGAAGCUUUUCCCCAGGUCCCUGUGUAAUAGAUGUUGCUGGUGCUUCACAGCUGGAAAAACAAGUGUGGUGAGAGAAAGUGAUUUACCCAGCCUCUCAAACAGGUCAGUAGAAUAUAAGGGUUACAGUUCAGUAGUCUUUACUCCAAGCCCCAUAUAUAUUUACGGCCAUGUUACUUAAGGUUGAAAAAAUGCUCUUAGCAAGUUCAUGCUCUCAGUAUGACUUACUCCUUUCAUAUCUAAUCUCUCUGUUUUCAGUGGCAGGACCCAGCUGACCCCUUCUUGACUACUGUUCUGUUGUAAUGUCCUGCUUUAAGUAGUAGCAGACACUUUCUAAUCUGCCCUUGCCUUUUGUAAGUGCGUUAAUUCCAGUUAUGCAUGCUUGUUCGGGCUUUAUGUUUCUUUAUUUGUGAAAUCUGCAGUGUGUUGGCUGUCUAUUUGUGAGUCUUGAGAUUUGUCUUGAGAUUUUUGGGGAUGGGGAUUGAGCUAAAGGAUACUAAUGAGCUGGGUUUGGGUUGGUUUGGUUUUGGUUUUUAUUCCAACCCAAUGCAGUUCCCUUCCUAGUUUUUUCUUAAUGUGGCAAGACUCAAUUAUUGACUUGCUCUGUGCUGGAGACUGGUGUAAACAUAGUUAUUUCCCGUUUACUUUUCCUUGUUCAGAGUGCUUUGUUGCUCCCCCAUUUGGAUGCACAUUCAAGAAGUAACAUCCAUGAGUUAAAAUGAGAAACAUUUUUACAGAGCUUAGUCCUUCCUUAACUAUUCCUCCUGGACUGUUCUAAAACAGAUUCCGUUUGAAGAACAAUUAAACAGAAGUUGAUAAAACAUGUAUUUAAAGAGAAAUCAGUGUGUUCCCCUGGAACUCAUGAUUUGGGCAAUCCACAGUAUAAUAGGUUGACUAGCAGCAGGGUUCCUCUUCCAAAACCUAGCUUAGAUACUCCAUGGUCAUACUCCUUACAGUUUAUUUAAAAAUAACCCCUCCUCACCCCGUAUUAGAACAUUAACACAACUUGCGGAUUGAGAAUAAAAAUUUCAAAACUAAAAACUCAUAAGGAAUUGCAGUACAUGUUCAGAAUGGAAGUAUGAUAGGCGUAUUUGGAUCCCUACUGCCAUACCAAGGUUUGGGUCAGCUCAUGAACAAACCAGGAAAAGAGGAGGUGACAUUCAUGGUAGUCUGUGUUAUGAAGAAUGUCUGUUUUUCUUUUGUUUUCUCCCAUGGGAGAUAAGAAUUAUCAUAGGCAAUUCACUGGCAAGACAGAGAAACUGGUGUGAUCCACGGUGUUUGCUGUGUGAGGUUUACAAAAAUGAUUAAUUCAAUUCCCUUUUCUAUCUUUUUGAUUUGUAUCUGGUGGGGGACUAGUCUAAUGCAGACACUUGCCUUUUGGAACUAGGUGGUUUUGUUUGUAAUUGUGCUCUAAGUGGGGAAAAGCUAGAAGUCCUUGUAGCCUGAGUAAAUAAUUGUUACU